AUGAAGUAUUUGACCAGGAAUUUUAAUUAUUUUACCAAAUUGGGAGUAAAAGGCCCUAGGCCAUUGCCUAUAUUUGGCAAUUUAUGGGAGCGAUUGUUUACUUCACUGCCAGAAUUGGAUAUCAAAUGGCAACGAAAAUAUGGCAAAAUCUAUGGGGUAUAUGACGGAAACGAACCCAUAUUAAUGGUGACCGACCCGGAGCUCAUCAAACAUAUUCUGGUGAAAGAUUUCCACAUAUUUCAGGACAGGUUUCCAGUUUCCAAAAGCAAUAAUCACCCGAUUAUUGGCAAAAUGUUGACUGAACUCCGGGGCGACGACUGGAAGAGAGUCCGAUCGGUAACCACUCCUGUAUUCACUUCCGUUAAAUUGAAGGCAAUGUAUCCGACGGUCAGAGAGUCUGCGGAGGGGUUUGCGACCACUUUAGACAAGUAUGCGAAAGACAAGGGAGUGAUCAACGCUAAGGAUUUGUUUGGUUGCUAUACAAUGGAUGUCAUCUCAAACUGCGGUUUCGCUAUCAAAAGCGAUGCUUUCAAAGACCCAAACAAUCCGUUUGUAGUGAACGGAGAAGUCAUUAUCGAAGUUCCCGUUUGGAAACUAUUGUUACCGGAGUUUGCGUUAAAUAUAUUGAAUAUAAAGACAUUUUUGAAUGAAAAGUCAGUCACUUUUUUCUCUCCAAUCGUACGACAAAUAUUGAAAAUAAGAGAGAAAUCAAAGACUAAAUCAAAUGAUUUCAUUGAUCUAAUGAUGAGUGUUAGACAUGAAGCCAAUUGUAUUGAUGACGGCGAAGAAGAAUCAGGUAUUGAGAAGAAAAUACUGAAUAUAAAAGCGUCGAAUAAAUUCAUAACAGAGGAUGAGAUGAUAGCCCAGGGAUUCAUAUUCUUUGCCGCCGGAAACGUUACGGCAAACAAUACAAUGGCCUUCUGUUCCUAUGAAUUGGCACUCAAUCCAGAAGUGCAGCAAAAACUAUACGAAGAAGUGAUGUCUUCGUUGGACACAAACGGAGAGAUUGAUUACGAAGUGUUGACAAAACUCGCGUAUUUGGAUGCAGUGAUCGCUGAGACACUUAGACUCCACACACCGACCAUUAAAGUGGGCCGAAAUGCUAUACAAGACUACCCGUUGGCCGACACAGGGAUUACUAUACCGAAGGGACAGAUCAUACAAAUACCGAUCUAUGCUAUCCAUUACUCGGAAGAAUACUAUCCAAACCCCGAAGAGUUUAUUCCCGACCGCUUUCUACCCGAAAACCGUCACAAUAUAAUGCCCUACACUUACCUACCCUUCAGCGCCGGUCCUCGCAAUUGCAUUGGAAUGAGGUUCGCGUUAAUGGAAAUGAAGGUCGGAUUGGCUCACAUUAUACGGAGGUUUAAGUUUGUCCGAAGCCCUCAAACAGAAGUUCCCGUAACCAUUGUUAAGAACAUUCCCUUGAAAUGUGCCAAAUCUCUAACCGUUGGCAUUGAAAGUAGAGUUUAUUAA